CCGGGCUGUGCUGUGCCUGAGGAGCUCGCAGUGCACCAUGUCUCUCAAGGAUCAGCUCAUCCACACUCUCCACAAACAGGAGAGUCAUGCUGAAAAUAAGAUUAGCGUGGUUGGCGUGGGUGCCGUCGGAAUGGCCUGUGCCAUCAGCAUCCUCAUGAAGGACUUGGCUGAUGAACUCGCCCUUGUUGAUGUUGUGGAGGACAAGCUCAGAGGAGAGAUGCUGGAUCUCCAGCAUGGCAGCCUCUUCCUUAAAACUCCAAAGAUUGUCUCUGGCAAAGAUUACAGUGUGACUGCACACUCCAAGCUGGUCAUUGUCACUGCUGGUGCCCGGCAGCAAGAAGGAGAGAGCCGCCUUAACUUGGUCCAGCGCAACGUGAAUAUCUUCAAAUUCAUCAUUCCCAACGUGGUUAAAUACAGUCCUGACUGCAAGCUGCUUAUUGUCUCAAACCCAGUGGAUAUUUUGACCUAUGUGGCCUGGAAGAUCAGUGGCUUCCCCAAACACCGUGUUAUUGGUAGUGGCUGCAAUCUGGACUCUGCCCGUUUCCGCCACCUCAUGGGAGAAAGGCUGGGCAUCCACCCCCUGAGCUGCCAUGGCUGGAUCGUUGGAGAGCACGGAGAUUCCAGUGUGCCUGUCUGGAGUGGAGUGAAUGUUGCUGGCGUCUCUCUGAAGGCUCUUCAUCCAGACUUGGGAACUGACGCAGACAAGGAACACUGGAAGGAGGUCCAUAAGCAGGUCGUGGACAGUGCCUAUGAGGUGAUCAAACUGAAGGGGUACACGUCCUGGGCUAUUGGCCUUUCUGUGGGAGACCUAGCUGAAAGUAUUAUGAAGAAUUUGAGAAGAGUGCACCCCAUCUCUACCAUUGUUAAGGGCUUGCAUGGAAUAAAAGAAGACGUCUUCCUAAGUGUUCCUUGUGUACUGGGCAGUAAUGGCAUCACUGAUGUAGUAAAGAUGAUCCUAAAACCUGAGGAAGAGGACAAAUUAAGGAAGAGUGCAGACACACUGUGGGCAAUCCAGAAGGAGCUACAGUUUUAAACCUGCCCAAGCAGGUUUUGGCUCUUAGCAGUUUUAUGGGUUUAGUGGUUUGUCUUACGUUGCACUUUCCAAGUAAGUCAAAUCUUUCAAUGUAUUAUCUCAACUAGAACACACAAAAAGCUCAAAUCUGAACAAUGGAGUUUCCUGAAGACAGCAUUAGGAAACUAAUCUAGCGUUUUCCCUGUUCACAGACACCCAUGUUCUUAGCCAGAGCUAGAUAACCUAGUCAGUCUUGUUCAGUGAAGUGGUAUGACAGAAAUCCAGCAUUCAAAGCAGCACUGCCUAAAAGCCCUUUGCCUUUUCCUCAUCUUGUGUCAUGUUGGUUCAAAGGAAUAAGGAGUAAGUAAUUGCUUCACAAUGUGAAACCAAAGACAUUUCUUCAAGUUAAAGGAUUGCCAGGCCAAUUGACCAACCUUCUCUGCCAGCUGAAUAGCUUAAAUAUUUCACUGUUGAUAGGUCCAAGUGUAUUUUCCUAACACUGCUUUGGAAUUUUUGUGGGUAUUUUUUUAGAGAACCUUAUUUUUGUGUACUAUAUCAGUCUAGUUGUAAGUUCUGUCUCCAGAGCAUGUUCAAAAAAUGUUAAAGUUUCUAUGUGCAACAAGACAGUGACUGUCCAACUGUAGUACCAACUACAACACCAAAUAAACCACAAACUGUUA